AAUGAAAAAGUACAAGGCUAGCACAAACUUUUUAUUCAUUCAACAAAUAUUUACUCGCUGCCUCCUAUCUGCUAAACAUUUUCCUACCCAGUCGGAUGGAUCAGCAAAUGAAUCAGGCGAAGAGCCCUGCCUCGUGGAAUUUACAUUCUCUCUCCUCAGCCUGGCCUGGAUCCUUCUGCACUAGCCCUACCAGUCUGUCCCCAGACAAAUCAGCUAACAACUGACUCUGUCCUUAGAAGCUCUCCCAGCAGAGAACUGAUAACUAGGCCUACUUAGCCCACUGAAAGGUAAACUUGUUCAUCAUCAGGGCUCCACAAAGCUGUGGAAAGAUGGUACAAGGAAAGAAGGAAGGAAGACUAGCAAGAGACGGAAGGGUGAAUAGCUUCAUCUGCUACAAAGAAACUUCAUUGGGAAAAGACAUCUUUACCCUGAAAAUUUCUACAUUUUGAUCAAAACUUUAUAAGAAUAGGUAGAAAUAAAAGCUAAGGAGACUUUACCUGGUAGGUCCCCAGAGUGUCAACUUGCCUGGUCAGGGCUAACUCUAAAACCACAGAAAUUUGUAGGAAUUGUCCCUUUAAUUCUGAAAAAAUGAUUUCCUAAUGAUAUUUUUUGAUUUCACUUUACACUAGCUUCUCAACAGUCCAUAAAUGCCCAUCACUGGUUCUAUCAGCAUCUUUGGUUUGGAGAUUACGUGCUUUAUCAGGCAAAACAUAGCAACAUAAACAUUUAAAUUGCCCCGUGUUUUACAACCUCAACUGCUGUAUUUUAUAUAAAGGCCACAAAAUGAAUAAGGUUUUAUUGGUGAAAAUUGAAUUAUACCACAAGGACUCUUUCUUACUGAAUAAUGCGAAUGGAGAAGGUUGAGACAUCAAAAGCACAUGCUGAGAAAGGACUUUUGGAAAAGAUAAAGCUUUGCCUUUCAAAGAAACUGCUGCCAUCUCCCACUGACCAAAAGAAGUUUCACCACGAUUUUGCCAUCUCUACUUCCUUUCAUGGGGUACAUAAUGUUGUACGGAACCGGAGCAAAAUUCGCAAGGUGAUCUGGUUGCUGGUGGUCCUGGGCUCGGUCUUACUCGUGGUGUGGCAGAUCUACAGUCGCUUGGUCAACUACUUCACGUGGCCAACCACGACAUCUAUAGAAGUUCAGUAUGUGGAAAAGAUAGAGUUCCCGGCUGUGACAUUUUGUAAUCUGAACAGGUUCCAAACAGAGGCUGCAGCCAAAUUUGGUGUUAUUUUUUUCUUAUGGAAUGUUGUAUCCAAAGUCCUCCAUCUUCAGGAAAUCAAUGCCAAUUCCACCGGUUCUAAAGAGGCUAUUGAUUUUCUUGCAAGUCACCAAAACUUUAGCAUUACAGAGUUCGUCAAGAAACAUGGUUUUUAUCUCAACAACAGCACUUUGUUGGACUGUGACUUUUUUGGAAAGCCAUGUGGCCCACAGGAUUUUGCACAUAUCUUCACUGAAUAUGGAAAUUGUUUCACUUUUAAUCAUGGUGAAAAUAUACAAGCAAAGAACAAAGUGAGUGUCUCUGGAAGAGGAUUAAACUUGCUCUUCAAUGUCAAUCAGGCGAAAUUCACUGAUGACCCAGCCCUUGGUUUUGUUGAUGCUGGGGUCAUCUUUGUCAUCCAUUCACCAAAGAAGGUGCCACAGUUUGAUGGUUUAGGCUUGUUGUCCCCUGUGGGAAUGCAUGCACGGGUAACAAUCCGCCAAGUGAAGACAGUUCAUCAAGAAUACCCUUGGGGAGAAUGCAACCCCAACAUGAAGCUGCAGAAUUUUAGUACCUACAGCACGUCUGGUUGCUUGAAGGAAUGCAAAGCACAGCACAUAGAAAAGCAAUGUGGAUGUUUACCUUUUCUUCUUCCUGGAAAUGGGACAGAGUGUAACCUGCAAAAGUUUUACAACUGUGUUUCUCCUACACUUGACCACAUUGAAGUUCAGGGACUGUGUACAAUGGGGACACAUAAUUCUAGCUGCCCUGUUCCCUGUGAAGAGACAGGAUACCCUGCUACUAUUUCCUAUUCCACUUUUCCAAGUCUAAAAGCUUUGAAAUAUCUUUCCAAGAAGUUAAAUCGAAGCCCGAAAUAUAUCAGGGAGAAUCUUGUGAACAUUGAAAUAAACUAUAGUGACUUGAACUAUAAGAUAACCCAGCAGCGAAAAGCAGUGAGUGUGUCUGAAUUACUCGCAGAUGUUGGCGGUCAACUGGGCCUCUUUUGUGGGGCCAGUGUGAUUACAAUUAUAGAAAUUAUUGAAUAUUUAUUCACCAGUUUCUACUGGAUAUGCAUUUUGUUCUUGCUCAAGAUACCUGAAAUGACUCAUGGGGCUCCUCCACCACAGAAUCAGCUGAGGGAUGAAAAUGGUGUUGAGGAAUGCUGAUGCUCCCCAAGGACAAAAGUCUUCGCUUUCCUCUCCACAAUACCUUCAGAUUUAUUCCUGACUAACUCAUUGUUAUGUAACAUUAUGUUAUAGUUUUGGGGACUCAACACAAUCCAUUGUAGAUAUCUAUCUCUUUAUACAUAUCUUUAUCUUUGUCUGCAUUUAUGGAUGUAUAUUCCUUAUUUAUAAAAAGAAACAGGCAUACAUGAAUUCCCAGCACCUAGAACAGUAGACAUUGUGUAGUAGGCAUUUCAUAAAUAUCGUUUUAAUGAAUGAAUAUUUGAAUAAUGGAAAAAACAUUCCUUAUGACUAAAUAUGUAAAUCAGAUCUGAUAAACAACCUGUAUGUGAGGAGAUGAGAUACUUCAUUUAGGAAAUGAUAUAGGCAAUCUGUACUUUAUAAAAUCUCUGAGAAUUUUUACUUUCACUAAAAUUCAACAUAGUUUUAUAUUCUUUUGCCUGGAGUGUUCUAUUGUGUAAUUGAUUUUUGGAGUGAAAAGCUAUAUAUCUAUUUCCUAUAC